ACAGAGGAGGGCUCUCGUUUCUCUCCUGGGCAGCAGAGAGGAGACGAAGAUAUUUACCAAGAUGGCGGACAGUGCAGAAGUGGAUCAGGUCCUCUUGUCCUUCCAGAAAUUUGCUGUCCACGGGGAUGCCAAGGCCACGGGUCAGGAGAUGAACGGAAAGAACUGGGCUAAGCUGUGUAAGGACUGCAAGAUAAUCGACGGCAAGACUGUCACCAGCACGGACGUGGACAUAGUGUUCACCAAAGUCAAAUCAAAGACGUCAAGGGUCAUCACCUUCCAGGAGUUCCAGAAGGGGCUGGAGGAGCUCGCCCAAAAGAGGUUCAAAGGCCAAACCAAGGAAGAAGCCCUGCAGUCCAUCUUUAAGAUGAUUGAGGGGAAGGAGCCCAGCAACACCGGCGUUACUAAAGUGGCGAAGACAGCGGCGGUGGACAGACUGACGGACACGUCCAAGUACACGGGCUCCCAUAAGGAGCGCUUCGACGAGACGGGAAAGGGCAAAGGUCGCGGCGGCCGGGAGGAGCUCGUGGAGGACACCGGCUACGUCGGGGCCUACCGACACGCCGGCACAUACGACGACAAGACCAAGCCCAGUAGGAGCCGAGCGCGACCUCCUCCUCCGACAUCACUUUUACAUCACCUGCGGGUCCGGACCAAACCUUGAACUUUGACCCUUUGACAAUGUUGAACUCUCGACGGCUUUUGAGUUGCAGGUUGUGUGUAAAUGGUUUCCUUUGACAUUGUAAUAAAAGCAGCUUGUAAACUAGCUGGGCUAGCUUCAUGUGGACGCAUUGGGACACUGAACAUUAACCAGCUAACCUCAGAAUUACCUGUGCAGCCUGGUGUUCUGUUGAGUGACGCAGUACACCACCACCUGUUUUACUGUCCGAUCCCAUGUACUCAUCUCAUUCUGUAGCAGUUCUAUCCUUGUCCAUGGGCGAGUCAAUAUUAAACUUUGCUUUUGAAUUAUGCAAUUCA